AUGUUUGAAAAGGCGGAGUCGCAAGAGAGCGCCUUUCCAACACACGAGUGGUACAGAGUCCUCACCCCAGAGCUCGACAAAGUAGCCUUCGAUCUUCUAGAUCCCCCUAAAAGAUACCACACAGGUGUCUUCGUUGCACUGGACCCAACAACUGGCAGGGGGACACUGUUUCACGUGACUGGUGAUGUUUUCGCGAAAAGUGGCAUGCGAUACGAGGAAAGAGAAAAUUACGAUCCUGUCUCGUCCACCUAUUUUCACAAGAUCACAGGAAUCGGAUGGAUUCGCAAAGCCGAUUAUUCCCGAAUUGGACCUGUUUUGAGAGCGUUGCCGAAGCCGACCAAGCAGCAGGGGCUUGACUUUUGGAGUCUGGAUCCCCUUCUGCGGAAUAAGCUGACCUGGACGAAGGAAAAUGGGGAGCUCUACGGGCCGGGCGAGGAGCGUCGGCCGAUCAUGAAGUGUAAUGAAUGGACGCAUGAGCUUGCAAUUCCCAAGUUGCGAGACGAAGGGAUUUUGCAUUGCUAA